UUUGGCAAAGAAGAAGAUCUAUCCAACUCUAUGGUGGCUGUACAAGGAUGGGCUCCUUCCAAAAAAGACGAAAUUUGUUGGAUACGCUAGGUCCGUUAUGACCAUUGAAGCACUGGCGAAGAAAACUAGACCAUACAUGAAGAUCAAGGAUGACCAGGAGGGGAAGUUAAAAGAAUUCUUCAAGGAGAAUGUUUACUACAAGGGAUCUUACGACGAUGCUGCAGAAUUUGAACACCUCAAUGACAACCUUAAAACCUUGGAGAAAGGAAAGACAAACAGACUCUUCUACCUGGCUCUUCCUCCGUCCGUCUUCGAAUCUGUAACAAAGCAUAUCAAGGGCGCCUGUAUGGCUGAGAAUGGCUGGACCAGGGUAAUUGUGGAGAAGCCAUUCGGGCGUGAUCUGGAGUCAUCCUCUAAGCUAUCCAAUCAUCUUGCCGGCCUGUUCACCGAGGACCAGAUCUACCGUAUCGACCAUUACCUUGGCAAGGAGAUGGUCCAAAACCUCAUGGUGCUAAGAUUUGCCAAUCGUAUGUUCAGCCCGAUUUGGAAUCGAGACAGCAUCGCGUCGGUCAUCAUCUCUUUUAAGGAGCCUUUUGGUACCCAGGGUAGGGGAGGCUACUUUGAUGAAUUUGGAAUCAUCAGGGAUGUCAUGCAGAACCAUCUUCUUCAGAUCCUAUGUCUGACAGCCAUGGAGAAGCCUGCUUCAACAGGAGCUGAGGACAUCAGAAACGAAAAGGUCAAGGUCCUGAAGGCCAUGGCCCCCCUGACUCUUGACGACAUGGUCUUAGGUCAGUACGCGGGUGACCCGGACGGAGAAGGGGACGCCAAGGAGGGGUACCUCGAUGACCCCACGGUCCCCCAGAAAUCGGUCACGCCCACAUUUGCUUUUGCCAAGUUCCUGGUUAAGAACGAGAGAUGGGAUGGUGUGCCAUUCAUGCUGAAAUGUGGAAAAGCCUUGAACGAGCGUAAAGCGGAGGUGAGGGUACAGUUCAAGGACGUCCCCGGUGAUAUCUUUGGGAACAUCAUGCGCAACGAACUGGUAAUCAGGGUACAACCAAACGAGGCUGUCUACGUUAAACUCAUGACCAAGAAACCAGGAAUGGCCUUUGGUACUGAAGAGACUGAACUGGAUCUGACCUACAAGUCAAGAUACAAGGACCUUCCCCUUCCCGAUGCUUAUGAGCGUCUUAUCCUGGAUGUCUUCUGUGGCAGUCAGAUCCACUUCGUAAGAAACGAUGAGCUAGCUGAAGCAUGGAGGAUCUUCACACCAGUCCUGCAUGAGAUUGAAGCCAAGAAACCCAAACCGAUCCCAUACAAAUAUGGAAGUCGAGGACCAACAGAGGCGGACGAGAUGGCCAAAAAGAACAACUUCCACUUCACUGGCACCUACAAAUGGAGUAACCCUAACAAACUUUAACAUCUAGUCUCAAGAAAAGAAGCUCACUGCGUAAAGCACCAGCAAGGAGAUGGAAGCCAUUUUUCAUUACUAGACUAACAUAAAUUGAAGUGCAUGGGGCUACACUUUUUUUAUUCUAUGCUGUGAUUUUCAACAGUUCAAAACUCUGAGGCUCUAUUCGCUUAAAUGAAUUUUCAAGAAUCUGUUAUCUUUAAAAAGACAAGUAAAAUCUAAGAUAACAUAUUACUACCCACAAAAUACAUGGUACUUGCAAUGGACAUUUGCUUCUAAUCCAAUAUAAAAUGUAGGCUAUUUUGUUGCAGUUAUACCACAUUUUUUUUGCUGAAGGGAAUUUUUCUUUUCCUUUUCACCAUAGACAGGGCAUUUGUCUUGUUUCUCUUCAUGCAUCACCCAACAAGUUUCUUGCCUAAAGUGUCGCAAAGAAAAGACACAUGUUGGACCAACAAUAUGCAUAUUUAUCUCAUAUUAAAUGGAGCUUAGUACUUCUUAGUCAAUUUGCUUAAAUUGACGUGUUUGCCAGCACCUGCAUUUGAGGGUAAAUUUCUUUUUUCUUUUUGUCUAAAAAAUCCUCAUACAAAAAUCGAUUUGUAUCAAGAAAGAAAGUGACAUGUUUUUAUUGUUAUGAGACAUGCUGGCUUUAACACCCUGUACACUUAAGUAGAUAAAUGAACAAAAGUACUAACUAAAGUUAAUAGACACUUGGUUUAUUGCUUUAUUUGCAAUGAAACAGUUGAUUUACAAGAAAUAACAACUAGUUGAAUGCUACAUUAGAAAUGUAACAUAAUAAUGUUACAUUGCAACGAAACAUAGUUAAUUUGCAAAUUAUGAAUUCCAAUCCAUUUAGAAAUAUAAUUUCCCAUUAAGUUUAGAACUUUUUCAAUGUAUUUAAAGUGUCAAUUAUUGACUUGAAUCAAUUAUAUACACCUUAAUUUCCCAUUGAUGAGAAUGGAUGUUGAAGAGUAUACUAAAUAUAUAUAUAUUUGAUAUGCAAAGCAUGAUUUAGAUAGUAUUUUAUACACAAGAAUAGAAGACUCAUUUCUUGUAUUGUAUUAAAUGGGUGAUGAAUUUAUAGAAAAAUAAAA